CAACUAUCUGUAGCAACAAAGAUGGCAGCUGAAGCAAAGGCACUCUCCGCAGGCCACCAGAAGUGGAUGAUUGAGACUCUCCGUGAGUCCGGUGGCUCGUGCACGUACGAGAAGCUUGUCGAGGUCGGUGAGGAGAAGCACUGCGACACGGUCGGUGCUCAGCUCAAGAUUCUCAAGAAGCGUGGCGUGAUCAACUUUGAACAGAUGUUCCUCAUGUAUCCCAUGCACAAGGAUGAGAUUGUCACCCUUGUCAAUGACCCGGACGCAUAGUUGGUGCCAUUACUACUACUACUACCACCAUCGUCUUCAAUGUCUGUUCAUGUCCCUCAUUGUCCCGCUCUCUUCUCCUUUCCUCGCUCGUUUCUCGGACAACGACCAAUCGUUUCUUUGGCCACCCGCCACACCCACGCAACCUCUU